AUGUACAGACGGUCGCUGCAAGCGAGUGUUUCGGAUGCCAGAGAAGCAUUCAUCAACGUCGCCAUCGAUAUUCUGUCCAGUUACAAGAUGUCGCUGAAUAUGAACGGGCCGUCAAGUGGUCUUUUGGCGCCCACCUGUUUGAAGUUGCUGCCUCUGUACAUAUCGGCAAUAAUGAAGCACACAGCGUUCAGAACAGGUGUCUUUUUACUGGACGCCGGCGACCAGAUGAUAAUGCUGGUCUGCCAGAAUGCACCGACAGCUUUCCUAAAUGACGUGCUCAACGUGCCGAGCUACGCGCAUAUGCCUGACGACCUUUACGAAUUGCCGACUUUAAACAAUCUCAGGAACCAGCGGGUGCACUUCUUCAUCUACUACCUGAACGAGGACAAGCCGUAUUCGGCGCCGUUGCACAUCAUUAGGGACAACAGCAGCAAUAGGGUGUUGUUUUACCAGCGUUUGGUGGAGGACAGGAUGGAAAAUGCGCUUUCGUAUCACGAAUUCCUGCAACAUCUCAAAACUCAAGUAAAGUAAUGGUUGGGUUUCAUUCUAGGUCAUUUUUCAAUUUAUUAUAUGGCGGUGGUUGGGCGGUUUAAAGCAUGGUUCAGGUACAGUCACAGUUUAUGCCCCUAUGGGAGUUUGUACGGGGACUGCGGCUUUAAAUUAACAUCCCAUGUAACUUUUUUAUAUGACGUUUCAGAAAAAAAGUUUUAUACAAAAGUUAUAGGGUCUAAUACGAGGUUUUUCAUAUAAUAUUGUUUUUCGCCCCGGGAAAGUGCUAUCGGAUAUCUUUUAAAUGAAAUCCCUCUAUAUUUUGGGCCAAAUUACAGUCGCUUCUUUUUUAUUCAAAAUAUAUGUGUAUAUAUUGUAGAUCCUUUUAGCUUCAAGUACCACGGCAAGUGGCUAUAACCAGCCGCGUAGUUGUGGUUAGGUGUCGCCUUGAGGACUCGAGGUUUUCUGGCAAAUAUACUACAAAAGAGUGGGAUGGCUCUUGUUGGUGUCUUCGUAUGUUGUUUAGUUCUUUUCCAUUUUUCUUUCCUCAGGUUACACCCGUAUCCAGAUGUAUGGGCAUGUAUAUAAACUUUUGUGGUUGCAUAUGUGCAUUUAUUUCUGGCCUGAUGAAGUCAAUAAGCAGAAAUACGUAUUGCUCGGGUUACCUAUCCUUUUUUUCUGCUCGAUUCAACUUUUCUAAAAUAAAUUAUCGUAAAACAAAUAGAAUCUAACGACUAGAUAGAGCGAAAAAUGCGCUUUAAAAUAUGUAUAAAGUCAAAGUAUUAUAAAUAAAUUUUAGUGCAAAAUACGUCAUUUAAAAUAUAAAUAAAAACAGCAAGAACUUUCCGAUCAACCUAAUAUUAAAACCAAGCAUCCGUUUUAUUUAUGGUUUCAAGGCUUUCAACUAUACGAUACAUCUGCGUAAAGAAGAAACUGGCGAUCGCUGAAAGAUUGUGCGAUAUUAUUUAUGUAGAUUAAGAAGAAUAAUGGACCUAGGUGGCUACCCUGAGGAACUCUCGAUGAUAGAGUAACGACUCUGGAUUUAUAUAUCAGCCUCAGCAAAUUUUGUUGAUAUCAAAAGUCUUGCUGAAGUCGGUAUAAAUAGCAUCGACUUUGAAAUUUUUGUCGAAAGCAUCGGAAACGACGUUUUUACAAAUUGAUAUCCAGGCAUCUUUUCGGAAAAGAUCCAUGCUCUUGCUGAAUGAUUACGUUUUUUACAUCAAAAAUGAUGAUAUGAUUAAAUGAUAUAGAAGCUUCAAAUUUUUGACAGAAGUAAUAAAAAUAAGUUCUACAAUCCUUAUAUAUUUGGAAUAGAUGAAGAGGGACUUUUUUCACCUGAAAAUAUACAGGGUUUUCCAUUUAAAAAAUACAACUUCUAUUCGAUAGCACUUUUCUGACACACCCGGUAUACAAAAAAAUAUUGCUUUAAAAACUUUUAGAUGCAGAAUGUCAAGCUUUCGAAAAUGUUUUAUUUUCAUUUUCUUCUGGACGUGCUACAAGAAUUUUGCUUGAACUACAAAACUCAUUACAAUAUCGAUAAAGAACUACUUACAACAUUGAAAUCCUGUUUCAGGACAUGCGAUCUAAAAAAACGGAGAAAUGUCAAUAAAGCGUGAAAACAACAGAUUCAUAAGUUACGAUAUGAAAAAAUAAUCAUGGUUCAAAUUCUGUAAUAAAGAUUUAAAACUUAUUUACGGUAAUUCCAUACUAAUGGAUGGAAUAGAUAUUAAAAAUCAAAUAUGGCGGUUGAUCUAAGCUGAGAUUAAAUUUGCUACAGUUGAAAUAAUUAUUCAGUGCUUUUCAAAAAUCCCUCUUCUUUAUUUUUUGAACUGCUAAAGUUAGCGAGCUGAAAUUCCGGAUGAUGAAAUUCGUGCACGAGUACUAUAUUAAUGUAUACGCGAAAGAGGUGUUUUAACCUUUCAAGAUGGCGACUGGGCACCACCUUGGAUAAUUCUGUUUUAAUGGAAUGGGGGUCACGUGAUGACCCAUUUCGAACCUCUUUACGAGUUCUUUUCAGCAAUAGAGUAUAAAUUUAAUAUUUUAAAAAUGGCGGACUGGCGGGUUGAAGUAUCAGUUGACCCCCAUUCCAUUUAAAAAAAUUGCACAAUUUUCAACUGCCACUUUUACGGUAAAACAAAAGUAAGUGAGGGUGGGACUUUUUGCACUGUAUAAUAAGCAACGGCUACCCCUGACCACCGCUAGACAUUAUUAGGUGCAAAAUUAUUGCUUAAACUCCGAAUGACUGACUACCAGAAAUCGAAAACCGAGUUCGAAACCAUAUUCGAACUGCUUCAUCUAUUAUAUGGUUUGUUAAAUGUUCGCAUUGUUAAAGAACCGAAUUCGGUUUUUUAAUUUUCGGAAAGGGUUUUCGGAUUUUUUUAUAUGGUCUAAGAUAAAAUUUAGAAUUUCUCAGAAUUCCAGUUUCAAACCAGCAAUGUAAAAAAAUAUUUGGAAUUUCAAUUUUGAGAAAAAAUACUUUGCGUUGAUAAUUUUUGCCAAGAAGAAUGAUUAUUGGGAAUUAAAGUUGACAUAAAUGGAAACUUACGGCAUGAGAGGAUGGAAAUAUUAAUUUGCUGAAAUUUGAAGUAACAAAAGAUGCGUCAUCAUUUUGAUGUCAUUGUAUAUUCUAUCAUAAUGGUUAUAUGCGAAUUAAUUUUUUUUGUUGGGUUUAUUUGUUCUGGUAUAGAACGAAGGCAUCAGUAGAAAAUUAUCACAAGACUGUAACAGAAAUAUUAGCAGAACUUCAGUUUAUAUGGAUGUGCUUGUACUGCAAAAAAUUUGUGAUGAGAUGCGUCUUGUAUAUGGAUAAUGUUGCAUUUGCAUAUAUUUUUCUUCACAAUGUAAUUGAGAUUCCCAAUGAUCAUCACACACGUAUACAGAGUUUAUCAAUCGUAUGGGUAAUAUUCAAGAUGGUUCCCCUAAUACUUGAAAUACUUCGAUCAGUUUGAACUUUCUUUUCAAAAAUCAUUGAAGGACAAAAUAUUCUGAGAGAGUAAUCCCUGCAUUUUUUGCCCUAUGUUCAAUAAACGCUCUAUAUAAUAUAACACUGCUUGGUUUCUUUAUGGUUUUGAUAUUUACAGAAUCACAUUUUCAUUUAUAAAUAUUGUGAUACAUAGCAAUACUUUUGCAUUUAAAGAUUUGACAUACAUGCCAUUAUUUCACUAUUUCGUUUUAAAAGUGUUAUGCAGACGUUCUUGUAAAAUAGGUAGUACAUAUAUUUUAAUUAUUGUAAUGGUCAUAUAUUUUCCCUGUAUUUUUUAGUUUAGUAUUUAUAAAAGUUGUUGUUUAUAUAAUACAGAAAAAUAAACAAUGUAUAUAUUUAAC